AGUCGGCCGUGUUUACUGGGCGUGAGGGAAAGGCGACGGUUGGGGAAGAAGUAACGAGAACUGCGCUUGGUCCUUCCACACCCACCCUUCAACUUUGGCCCUUCCUCAGAAGCCUCUGCCGGCACCGACAUGGGGCUCCGGAAGAAGAAUAAGAGCCCCCCAGUACUGAGCCACGAGUUCGUCAUCCAGAACCACGCGGACGCCGUGUCUUGCCUCGCCCUCUGCCUCCUCCUGGGGCUCAUGUUCGAGGUUACAGCCAGAUAUGCCAUCAUGUUUGUUACAGUUCAAUACAAUGUUACAUAUGCUGCAGAUGACAGGCCUGAGCCAGUUCAUUUCUAUGAGUAUGGUCUGAAAGACCUGGCCACCAUCUUUUUCUACAUGCUUAUAGCUAUUAUUCUGCAUGCAGUGAUUCAAGAGUACAUACUAGAUAAAAUUAAUAGACGUCUCCACUUGUCAAAAACAAAGCAUAGCAAAUUCAACGAAUCAGGGCAACUAGCAUUUUUCUACUUGUUUUCAUUUGUCUGGGGAUCAAGCAUUUUGUCUGCAGAAGAAUUCACAACAAACCCAACUCUGUUGUGGAAAGAUUACCCUCAUUCUCGAAUGUUCUUUCAGGUAAAAUUCUUCUAUAUCUGCCAGAUUGCCUAUUGGCUUCAUGCACUGCCAGAACUCUACUUCCAAAAAAUUAGAAAGGAAGAUAUUCCCAGACAGUUGCACUAUGUCUGCCUUUAUAUUGUCCAUAUAUCUGGUGCCUAUAUAUUGAACCUUCAGCGUUUGGGGCUAAUUUUGCUGGUGCCUCAUUACCUUGUGGAACUGAUUUUUCAUGCCUCGCGUCUUUUCUACUUCAGUGAUGAGAAUAAACAAAAAGGAUUUACUCUUUGGGCUCUACUGUUCGUAAUGGCUCGUCUCCUGACCUUAACUUUGUCAGUUCUCACAUUUGGAUUUGGUCUGGCAAGAGCAGAAAAUCCUGGCUUUUCUAUAGCGGAAGGAAACUACAACAUACUUACCAUUAGAAUUGGCUGUCUGGCGGCAAUAUGUUUGACACAAGCUUGGAUGAUGUGGAAAUUCAUUAACUUCCAAUUAAAGAAAUGGAGGGAACAUGUGCAGAAUCAAAUUCCUAAGAAGAAGGCACCCAAUACAAAGAGUAAACCAGCAAAAAAGGAACUAAGUAGAGCUAACUUUGCCAAUGGAGCAGUGAAAUUUGAAGAGGGCAUGUCACCCAGAAAGAGGAAAUCAAAAGUUUUGUGAGAACCAUAGAUCCAGAGGACACUGUUUUAACAUAAGACUUCAAUUAUUUAAAAAAAUAUAACAUUCUGUUACUGCAGAGAGAGACUAUUUAGCUGCGUUGCCUGAAAGACACUUGUCGAAAUAAUAUAUUUUUAACGUAUCAAUACAAAACUUAUUGUGAGAAUAGUUCAUCAUGAGUUUAUUUAACAUUAUACUGUUCACAGUUUUGAAAUAUAAUUUCUCUUUUGUUUCAAUCUCACAUGUAAGUACAGUACUGCAACAAUAUGGAUACAGGCACAGAGUGGUUAUUGUUCGGGCACGUUUUUAUUUGGAGGUUAAAAAUAUAAAUAACAAGUCCAUUCAAUUAGUAAAAAGUAGUUUUUAGAAACUUUAAUUUCUGGACUUAAUUAGAAUUAAAGGUAUGUGUUAGCAUUUUUAGGAGAGGUUUGCACAGUUUUCUGUUUUUGUUACACUGUCUGAAAUAUCUCUGUUAUUCAGAAGCAAUUUAAACGUUUUUAAAAGUUUCUGAUGCAUUUUCUCUGGUUAAAGGUAUUGUUGAGGGGAAAAAAGGAUGAAAUCAGUUUAUCUCUUCUCCAUGGAAAACUGCCACUUCAGCAGUUCAGUUCAAUUGUGGUUUUGAGAAUGAUUACUAAGUAAUUGUUUAAGGCUUAAUUUAGCAGAAAUGGUAUCCUCAUCUGAGACUCAAAUGUGUUCGUUGUAUACAAAAUAGCUUCUAAUGCCUUUUCAUAGACGUUUAAAAGGUAGAUGCUUUUAAAAAAGGUGCUAAAAAGUUUAAUUUUACUUUGGAGAUCCAUGAAACCAUUACGGUAACUAUUCUUCAAAAUGAAUGUUUCUGAUCCAGAGCUGUAGAUCACUUCAGAAUGACUUUCAUCUAUUAGAAGGUCAAGUUCUGUGAUUGCAUAGUGUAAGAAGCCAUGAAUUCUCUGUUGAAUGUUACUAAAAAAAACCCCAAAGUUGUACCUAGUUUUUGAUCCGUCAUAAAUGCAGCCAAUGAGACCCUGUUUCUGCCACAUACUUUAAGCUUUUAAUUCCAAAACAGAACUUACAAUUAAAGCCUGUUAUAAUUUAUAGUUAGACAUGGGCAAUGAUUAUUUAUCCAUCAUGUGCUAAAAUAUGUGGGUACGAUUAAGGGUCAGAACAAUAAUUGACAGUUUAAGACUGGGAUUCAGAGAGUUUCCUAUAAGGGGCUUGCACUACUAGCUCAGCUAAGUCUCUUUCCAUACCACAGGCCAUUUUUUAACCCCCUCCACUUCAUUUUCCACAGCAGUUUGCUGCUUGGUAUGGGAGAGUUGGGAGGUGUCUAAAACUCCCCCCACCCUUCACUCAUGGAACUAAUUUGAUCAUUCAUUGUACUCUGGCCAUUGGCCUUUGAAUCCUAGAAUAUUAUACCUUGAUCAAGCUUUCAUUUAAAGUUUUUUUUUCCCUUGUACCUUUUAACCCUUCCUGCUGUUAGCUCCUGGAUAUAUUGGAGGGGGGAGGCAUAUUGCUUUAGCUGGGACUAUUGGAUGUUUAAACUGCAAUCCUGAAAUAUUUUUGUAACACAUAUGUGGCUGAUCUCCAAUAAGCAACAAGAUGUGCCACUACUAUUAAAUAAAAUCCCUAGAUCAGUAGCAACGGAGAGAAGGGAAAAUAAGUUAUUGUUCAAUGAUCUUUUAUUUUUCAGGCUGUUGGAUGAUCCCAAAAAGUUAAUGAGGGUCUUUUACAUACUGUGGGUACAAUCUGUAUUUUAUUGAAAGUCACACAGUUUAUUGCAAUUUUGUAUCCUCACAGCCACAUGGCAGUGCUCCAGGGGCACUACAACAUAAUUGUGAACUCAUGUGCACUUAAGGGUUUACCUAUAUAGUUCAAUUAACCCAUGGACGCCCAAGGACGGAACAUUCCCUGACAUUGCACCCACUGGGGAAGCUCUUGUGUGCAUUGAAACGCUGUAUAAUUUCAAAUCCAGUGUGGUAGCCAUGUCAUUCUUCUUCUGUAACAGCAGAGACACUACUCUUCUAUUACACACUCCUCCAUACCCAUAGGAACUGCCUAUAUGACUGCUUAUCAUUCUGAUAGAACAUCCAUCUUCUACAACAAAUGACACCUUAGAAAAUCUUGUUAUGGCUUUUUACUAUUUACAUGCUAAACAUCCAGAAUGGGGUGCAAGCAUGAACAAGCUGUGGGCUUAAAGAUACUUUGUGUUGAACCAGUCAGUCUUGGGAUGAAAUUACACCUCAGUCCUGACCAUACUCCUGUGAGGAACAAGUGACUUAAAUCAUUCUCUCACUAGCACUCAGCAAACCACUCACUCACCUAUAUUUAGAUGUUGCACACAUGGGUAAAAUAACUCUUUUAUAAAAGUAAGGAGCCUUUUUGUAUGUUACCAUAGUUGCAUCCAUUGUAUACAAACACCAUUCAGGAUUUGAGCCCAUUUUUCUCAUUUGCCAACCUGGUCCUGUGUGCAAACUCACUGUAGGAUUUGUCUGUAAUUUCUCAUAAUCCUGUAUUUCUACUGAAAAUGUUCAACCUUGAAAUUAGAAUAUAUUUUUUAUGCUUUUCAAUAAAACUUAUUUGUAUGUUGAUGAAUGCCUCGUUUGAUAAAAGUAUCAUCUUCUGAGCAGUUUUGAUGAAAGCUUAGUUUUGUUACAAGGUUCAGCUAUGCUGCUCACAAGACAAUGCUUUCUCUGAUCAGCAUGAUUGUGACCCUGGACUAACAGAGGAAGCUGAAGGCCAGUUAUAGCUGCUGCAUCCUCAGGUUGGUAAAUAUGGAUGUUGUAGAGUUACAGGCUGAAAUCUGUAUUGUCUAAGAUACUGUACAUUGCUAACAUAAAGCAGUUUUCUGUAGCAGAAGCGGCCAACAGAUUUUAAAAAAAUAUAUAACUGUAACAUAAUCUAUAUUGGUAUCACAAAAUAAUUGAUCUCUGCCAAAGGAAGUCGUCAAGUACUUCACAUUUCUGGAAAGUAUGUCUAUGGGUUGAGAAUUACAUUUCACACUUGUAGAAGAUAAUGGUACAGUUACUGAAUUAUCAGAAUUAAAUUCCUUGGAUAAUAAUUCUCCUAAGCUUUUACAGUUGAAGUUAAAAUUGACACUUUUCUCCCUAUGAAAUCAGACCCUUUAGUUGAAUAUUCUAAAUGUAUGUUCUCUAAACUGUCCUUGAAAUGCAGGUAUUUUGUGUUUGGGUGUUUGCGUAUGUGUAUCUGUAAACUGGAAAGAAAACUCUUUCCUACUGCAGCAUGAGAGGAAUGUAACAGUGGAUUACCAUAAUGUCCUGUGUCAUUGCACUGCACUGAUGAAUAUUUUAUGUACUAUCAAAUGCAUUAAAUAAAAGGUGGGCCUGUGCCUUAAGAUA